AUGGCUAUCUCGUCGGGUACUUCUUCCUCUUCUUCUAUGGAUAAUUCUGAACAUGCCCCUACUAGUCGUCUUCCUUUUCAUCUUGAUGAUUAUACGCACCCAUGCCACCCUCUAUAUGUGUCUAUUUUAGUGGCUUUAUCCGUUAGGAGCAAGCUGGAAUUUAUUCAUGGAACCUCUGAGAGACCUCUAGAAGGGUCUCCUCUUCUUCGCCAAUGGCAGAGAUGCAAUGAUUUGGUUGUUGCGUGGCUGGCCAACUCUGUGACCAAGGAAAUUCAUCGUACUGUUGUCUAUUCUGAGUUUGCAAAGGACAUUUGGAAGGAACUUGAGACCAGAUAUGGCAAAGCUGAUGAAGCCAAGGUCUUUGAGUUAAAAAAGGAGGUGGCUCAUAUUACUCAGGGUGCCCUUGAUAUUCCUUCCUACUUCAACAAACUCAAACAGCUUUGGGAUGAGUUAGCCUCUCUCUCUGCCAGUUCUGAUGAUAGGUGCACCUGUGGAGGCAGUCUUAGGUCUAAGGAAAAACAAAAGGUCUAUCAGUUUCUCAUGGGGCUCAAUGAUACUUAUGUUCAAGUCAGAAUCUACAGUAUUCUUCUAAGUGAUGAGAAACAGAGGCAGCUGUCUACUCGCUCUCAUUUCUCUUCAGAAUCAGUUUCUUUCAAUGCUGGGUCUUCUAAGCAGCCUUACACUCCUAGGGUGAGUUUUGACAAUCAAAGGGCUUCAAUCACUUGCAAAUACUAUAAGAAACCUGGGCAUAGCAUUGAUAAGUGCUACAAACUCCAUGGCUAUCCGCAAAAUUUCAAAUUCUCUAAGACUGCUGGUCCCAGGAAAGCUUCAACACAUAGUGCAGCUGAUUCUUCUGCAUCUCAGGCAUGUGUGUCUCAUUCCAAUGGUGGUGUUGUCGCAGCUGGUUUCUCUGAUUCUUCUUCUGCUUUUCCUGGCCUAACAAAGGACCAAUGCUCUCAGCUGAUCCAGCUCUUGCAAUAG